AUGAGGGCGCAGCUGCGUCUAGCUGAAGCUGAACUGCAGAGAGCGGAAGCAGUGGCGCGGGAUAAUGCCGAAGACGAGUUCAACCAAAUUUUUAAAGAUGUUGAAACCUCCUGUAAAGAAAUGGAUAUAGAGAUGGCUCUUCCUAGAACAAACUCUCGACAAACUCAAAGAAACAAUGUUCCAGCUGAGAUGCCCAAUAAAUAUGUGAGGAAAACUGAUAGAGGCGUGUCCAGUGCCGAAAUAUAUGAACUAGCCUUUGAAGAGGUGACGUUUAGGGGACAAAGCCUCAGGAGUGCUGCAUCUGCUUACAAUAUAAACUAUAUGUCUUUACAGAGAUAUAUUAAAAAGAAAAAAGCAUACCAGGCCAACUUGACAGACAAGCCUCCAUCGGUCGGGACGCCAAAAUAUACUACUUAG